AUGGCGAAGAAGCGGAAGGCGGCCUCACAGGCUGUGCCACAGGAGGAGGUUGAGGAGGAAGACUGCGAGGAAGCAGAGGACGAGGAUGAGGAAGAGAUCGUGGAUGCGGAGGCCGAGGAGAACGAGAACGACGAGGAGGAAGAGGAUGAAGGGCCCAAGAUGGUCUGGAGGCCGGGCGUCGACGUCAUCGAGGAUGGGGAGCAGCUUGACGUGGAGCCUGGGACAUACGACAUGCUCCACCGUGCCCAAGUCGAGUGGCCCUGCCUCUCCUUGGACGUGGUGCGCGACGACCUCGGGGCGCAGCGCACUUCCUAUCCCAUGACCGCGUACGUGGUGGCUGGAUCGCAGGCUUCGAAAACAGAGGACAACCGGCUUUAUAUGAUGAAGUGGCACAAGCUCUACAAAACCUCCAAGGAUGGCAAGGAGGAUGAUGAGGACGAGAGCGAGGAAGAGGAGGACAGCGAGGAUGAGCACGAGGCGGCACUGGAGUCAAAGACAACUCCCCACCCUGGUGGCGUGAAUCGGGUCCGCGCCAUGCCGCAAGCGGGGCACAUCGUGGCAACCUGGGCCGAUACCGGCAAGGUGCACAUGUGGAACCUAGAAGCCCAUCGGAAAGCGCUGGACAAAAGCGGCGACAAGGCGCCCGCUCAUGCCAAGCCCAUCUUCACGAGUGAGGCGCACAAAGAUGAGGGUUUCGCCAUGGACUUCAGCCCGCAUGACACCGGGCGCUUCCUCUCUGGAGGCAAUGACGCGCUCAUCAUGAUGGCGGAACCUGUACCUGGAGGCUGGAAAGUGGCUUCAGAUCAGCCCUUCAAGGCGCACAAGUCGUCGGUCGAGGACGUCCAGUGGAAGAAGCUGGGAGCCGGGGAGAAGUCCAGCUUUGCUUCCUGCAGCUCCGAUGGCAGCUGGAAGGUCUGGGAUAUCCGUGAGAAGGACAGAAAGAAGCCAGCGAUCAACGUGCCUGAUGCCCAUGACGGCACGGACGUGAACGUUCUCAGCGGAAAGCUCGGACACGCACAGUUGGAGCCCCAUCGUCGGCGAGUUGAUCGUAACAGGUCCCAGGGCGAAGAUAAGCCUAACAGACCUCGUAGUGCUAUGGCCUCAUCUUCCAGCGGCUAUGCCUUUGGGCCUCAGCCGACCGGCGAUGCGACCCCAGCAAAGAGCUGGGAUGACGAGAGGAUCCACCUGUCGAUGGCGCAGCUCCAGAACGAACUUCUGCGCGUGGAAGAUGCCUGCAGAGCUUGGCAGGCGGAGGAAGCGGCUCCGUGGCAGCUGCCCAUGAGGGGGGUGUACCUCCCGGAUGCCAGCCGCCGCCAUCGCGGUGCGAGCCACUCGCCGAAGCCUAGGCUGCGGCGCGGCGCCUGCAGCGUGGAGGAGGCGGUGUCGGCACGUCUGGUGGAGGUCCGGGGCGAAAGUGGUCUGCGCGACCUCCUGGCCAAGCAGUGCCGGGCGACCGAAGUGGCCAAGGCGAGGCAGCAGCAGCUGCGCGAGGAGCUGGAUGCCGCGAGCCGUGACGCUGAGCAGCUCGCGGCCGGUCUCCCCGAGCUCCUCGAGAAGCGGAGGGCCGAGGUCGAGCGCCGACGGCGACGUGCCACCGAGCUGCACCACGAGCGCUGGGCGGCCGAGGCCUGCGUCGAGCGGCUCGAGGAGGAGCUCAGCGAGGUGGAGGCCCAGGCUUUGCAUCUCCAGAGUGGAGUGGAGCUCUGGGCUGAGAGGCAGACCGGCAAGAAGGCGCAGCUGGGGGAAGUCCAGCAGGAACUCGAGUCCAUGGAAGCCAGGCGCUCCAAAGCCAAGGCGUGGCUUCAAGAGAUCUACCAGGGCCACCUGCAUCCGCAGAGCAUCGAGAAAACGCGGCACCUGCGUGGGCACCACAUCCCCAGCCUGGAGCUCCAGUCAGCCCAGCUUGCGCGGCAACUGGAGGAGAGGAAGGAGAGCUACGAGGCGCAGUGCCUGGCGCAGCAGGUCGAGGUGGACACGCUGAGGCGGAGCCUGGCACUGCGCACCCAGCGACUCCGGGCCAAAGAGCAGGAGAGUGCGUGGCUCCAGUGGCGUGCUGACGCCCUCGAGCAGGAGUUGGCGCACCUCCAGAGCAUGCUGGUGCACAUGCCGCUCUUCAUUCGGCGCAUCCGCCUCCUGGCGGCUGGGCCGAUGCCGAGGCUCCUGGGGAAGGGUUUCCGCCAGGACAAAGAGGCAGGGCCGCGGAAGACCGAGUUCUUCGCCGCGCGGCGCACGCUGCCGUCAAAUGCCCGCCCUCGGGCCUCGAUGCUUCAAGUCAAGGCACCAGAAGGCAAAAGAGGAUCUGCCAGAACCAGCUUUGAUGCAACCACUGCGGGCUCGUCGGAGGCCAUGUUCGGCGCGCUAAGGCGGGGGCAAGCUGUCAACGUCGGCAUCUCGUCGAUCAUGAUCGAGCAGGACCUCGUCGAGGUGCCCAUGUUCAGGAACUGCAGUGCCAGCUUCAUCAGCCGCCUCGCGCAGGACGCCUCGGAAACAACACGAGCGUUUGGUGUCGGGCAGGUCGUUCACGAGGUGGGUGAUGCGGGCAAGAGCAUGGUUCUUGUUCUUCGCGGGAGCCUGGUGGUGAAGAAGAAGGGGGAGGAACUGCUGCAGCUGGAGCAGCGGUCGCAUUAUGGGGAGACCAUGCUCCUGAGUCUCGAGCAGGUCUGGCGAGUUUCUCUGAUUGCAUCUGCUUCCAGCAUGGUCUGUGAGAUUCGCCGCGAGUCCUUUCGGCGGCUGCUUGAGGACUUCCCGGCCGAAGCGCAACAGUAUGAGAUGUUCUUCGACAUCGCCAUGGACCAGCUGUUCUCAGGGACGCGGACGCACACAUGCGACAUCUUCACAGGGCUCUCGCAAAAAAUGCUGGAAGCCUUCGAUGAGCACAUGCUGCGGCGGGUCUACUUCCCGGGCGAGAUUGUUCUGCAUGAUGGUCCACAGAGCAAGGAGCUGGUACUCCUGCAGGACGGCAUGGCUGCUGUGGAAAUCGCGGGCCGCACGGUGCGCACGGAAACCCGGGGCAAGAAGGAGGACGUUGCGGGACGAAAUCGGCUGAGAUCCGACCAUUUGUCAGAUGAAGACGAAGAGGAGGAGGAAGAGGACGACAGGCCGGCCUGCUUCGGUGAGCUGGAGUUCUUGGGCCUCAGCCCUGUGCGCAAGACCGCGGUCAAAGCUUUGACUCCGUGCGUGUGCAGGAUUCUGAACCGGGAGAUGGUCUUGCACGUAGCAAGAGACACGGAUAUGGAGGUCUAUAGCAGCAUGCUCCUCCAGAUGUUCCAGAAGACAGUCCACAAACCUAGCGGCGAACAGGCCAGUGUGCUCAUGGACUUCAUCUCGGCAGGCUGUAGCGAUGAAUUUCUCCAGUUCCUGUCCGGCCACCUGGAAGCACGGCUCUACCCUGAAGGGAAGCUGCCCGGCGAUGCAAACCUUGCAGCCUGA